AUGGUUGAAUUUAUGGUCAGUAAGCAGGAGGCAAACAAAUUAAGAAAAAUACCGCUUUCUGACAAUGAUAUUUCACGCAGAAUAAACGAUAUGGCCAAGGAUAUUCAAGAACAAGUAGUCGAAAAACUAAAGAAUAGCCAACAUUUUGCUUUGCAGUUCGAUGAAUCUACAGAUGUUUCCGACUGUGCACAGUUUGUAGUAUUUGUGCGCUUUGAAGCAGAUGACAGUAUUACGGAAGUAAUCUUAUUUAGCAAAGCACUUCCUGCAAACACUACUGGCCAGUGUUUGUACGAUAUGUUUUUAGAAAGCACUUGCGACUACGAUAUUGAUUGGAAAAAAUGUAUCGCUAUUUGUAGCGAUGGCGCUAAAGCUAUGACUGGCAAAAAUAGCGGACUCAUUGCAAAAUUAAAAUCGAUAAUACCAAACAUAUCCUAG